AUGCACGAAGUCUUCUCCAACACCUCUUUUGUGUUCUCUCACGCCUCUUGUGCCUUACCGUCCACGCCGCAUGUCAUCCACGACCUUCUAUAUGUUACUUCCUCUUAUCUUAUUGACCUGUGUACCCUUAAAAUUUACACUUGUUUGGUGUUGGCAUUCUGUUAUCGAGAUUGUUUGGAACUGGGAUUUGAUCUUUUGUAUCUGUGUUCUGGAGGUCUAAGUUUUCUUCAAUUCUGCAACCUCGACAGUUUUAGGACAAAGUUUGUAUUAGGCUUCUCUAUCUUCCUGGGCUUAUCUAUCCCACAGUACUUUAACGAGUACACAUCAAUUAAUGGGUUUGGUCCAGUUGACACUGGAGCAAGAUGGUUCAAUGAUAUGGUAAAUGUGUCAUUCCAAUCAAAAACAUUUCGUUUGAGACAGCGUUUCUACAGAGAGAAAGAGGGAAAACUAAUCUUAGUUUUGUUCCAAUCUUAG